AUGGCGGAGCCCUACAGGCAACCCCCAGCUCAAAAGGCCCACACAAUGGAGGACACCAUGUGCGGCCAUGACGGCUGCGGAGGGGAGACUGCCACGAUGACAAGACUGACCGCAAUCCUCUACACCUUUUUGGCGAAACUAGAAACCAGAGAGCGGCAGGCAAAAGCACGAAGGAACCUACCCAGAGAAUGUCCCACAGGUAUCCGCCACAGCCGAGCUAAACCCCCGCUCAACAGUCAACAAACCAAAAUGGCGCCGAAGACGGAGACAUCUCCCGUCUGCCAGGAAGCGUUUAUACAGAGCGGCGAUACCUCACCGAGAGGACCUACAGAAUCCAGGUCACUCCCACAUGACAUCAAGCACCGCUCAGCGACCAGUGAAUGGCAGACCCUCACGUGGUGCCGGAGCACGACACAGCCAAGGGGAACUAUAGAGUCCCAGACAAGCACACCACAUACCUGCACAGUGAUCUCAGGUACCCACAGCAAUGAACAAACGUUCCCACCACAGCUGGACUUACCUCUGCGAGACCCCCAUGCCUCUCCUACACACUUACCCCUGCUGAGUAUAGGAUAA